CAACUUUUUCUCCAAUACUCAAAUACAAAUGUUAUUCAAUAUGAAAACUCUAAUUUUACAUUUACUGCUCGGCCAUAUAGUUGGAAUUUUUGGUGGUGAUGUUAGUGAAACACUUUUUGAGAUUGGUCCCGUUGAAUAUGAAGAACCGGAAAAGUACAGUAAAAAUCCAUAUUACUUUAAUUUUGGCAGCAAGCACACAAUUUGCCCGACAAAUGCCACCUGCUUGGAUGGGAAAUUCAAUUUCCUCUGCGCCCCCGAGCCGAUGAAAAUAUCGAAGCAAUGCAAACGCUUCCUGCCCAUACGGAACACCCAUCGCUCGACGCUGAAGAUGGUCCAUGUGCACAAUGGACUUCGCAACAAGGUGGCCAGAAGCUAUAAGGUGUCCAACAUGAAUCUGGUCUAUUGGAAUAUUCACUUACAGAACAUGGCCGAGCAGUAUUUGCAUCUAUGUCGCCCGUACCAAGAUACAUGCCGCAUCAUCGGCACCGACGGCUACGAGGUCGGCCAGAAUUGGCUGUAUGUGCGACGUCAUCGUGCCGCGAUCCUCAACGAAUGGGAGGGCCGUACGGUGAGGCAUUGGGUCAUGGACCUGUUCUCCACCUUCCACUUUAGGCAUGCAGUAAACGAUUCGAGGGAACAGCCCGAUCAUGUGCGUUUCCUUGUCCAAGUGAUGAUGCCACGGUUGGAGUUUAUUGGCUGUGGCGCAGCCAUUAUGUUCAAAGGCUUCUUUAUUGUCUGCUAUUAUUUUCCGCCCGCAAAGGGCAAGCUCUCAUCGCAGCUAACAUACUUACUGCCGAACGAGACCUGCGUCUGCCCCGAGGAGCGGCACCUCUGCUCAUCGCUCUUCACCAGUCUCUGCGGCAUCGAUAUACAUAAAAGCGCCACGAUAAUUGAAUUAAGUGGAUUAAACGUCUUUCUGGCAAUAUUUCUCAUUUUGGUUUGCUUUGUCUCUUAAGAAGAUUAUGAAAAUUUAAGUAUUAAGAUCGGUUAGACUCGCUGUCAAAGGACGCCAAUACGUGCCAAUUGCAAAUGGAGCUUUCUAGACUUUUGCUAUAUCUUAACUAUAGAAGGAACCGCGAAGAUUAUUGAUAUACAUCAAAAUGCCAACAGCACGCGCUUAACAAUUGAUGUAGUUCUUCUCGCUCAAGUUCUGCUUUUAACUAUUCCAGAACCUCAAUUAAUUAAAUAAAACUGAAAUGAAAGAGCAAAAACUUAAAAGACUUUUGUGCUAUUCAUUUCUGUUUCCCAAGAAACCAAUUGAUAGACGGCCGGAGAGCCAACUUGAAAGACACCAAGCAGCAGCACCCGAAAAAGGCGGCAUUCGAUUUCAAAAGGAAACACAAAACCCGAACAGAAAGCAAAAAAGUGUAAAGAGAACUGUAGUCGGGAGUGGCCGACUAGGAGAUACCCUGAACACGGCGCUGAGCUGUUAAAAUAAUUCUACGUUUCAUUUAUGCACGCACGAAAAAUUCAUGCACACAUGCACACAUACUACACACACUACACACA